AGAAUGUGGAAGCACAUUAUUUUCUAUAGCAGUGUAUGCACCUUUGUAAGCCGUGCCAUACCACUUGGUAGUUGGGACAAGGAUGAACAACCAGCGGAACUGCAAGGUGAAGGUACUUUUGAAGGUGAUAUGAAGUUAACGCCAGAGCAACUUACUGCAAUUCAGGAACAGAUAGAAGAACAACAAAACAGAAUAGCGGCAAGAAAAGCCUAUGCUAGUCUGUCUACACGUUGGGAAGAUGCCAUUGUGCCUUAUAGAAUCGAGCCUGAAAGCCAGGGUGACACUGCUGUAAUACUAUCAGCAAUUGCCCACUGGGAGAGCAAAACCUGUAUUAGAUUCCCACAAUACGAUCCCGCUAAACACACGUCAUUCAUAAGCUUCACAAAACAGGAUGGAUGUUGGUCAUAUGUUGGUCAUGUGUUCACUGGAGCGCAGGAAAUUUCUAUUGGGAAUGGAUGUGCAUACAUGGGCAUUGUUGCGCAUGAGAUUGGUCAUGCAAUAGGGUUCUUUCACGAACAAAGUCGCCCGGACAGAGAUAAUUAUGUUAUCAUAAACGAGGAUAAUAUUAAGGACGGAUAUGAGAUUAAUUUUAAAAAAUAUGACACAGGAACUAUUAACACGCACCAAGUACCAUACGACGUUGGAUCUUUAAUGCAUUAUGGCGCGAAAUUUUUCAGCAAGAAUGGCCUAAAUACAAUAGAUGCAGUUAAUCCAGCGGAUCAAUCAAAAAUGGGCCAACGUGAUGGUCUCAGCGCCGCUGAUAUUCUGUUAGCUAAUAUAAUGUACAGCUGCUCAGGUGUAUCAGGUGAUCCCCACAUGAAAACAUUUGAUGGACGUCCAUAUACUUUCCAAGGUGUAUGCUGGUAUACUCUAUUUAAAGACUGUUUCUCUCAUAAACCUGAUUUUGAAAUCACCGUCAAGUUUGAGCCAAGGGGUGACAGCACCACCGAUCAUUUCAGAACAAGAGCAGUUGCCUUCAACGUUUCGGUCGGGAUGGAGUAUGCUAAUGUUAAUGGACUGGACGUGAUAACAGGGAAUACAGGGCACGACACCGCCGCUAGAUCAAUCCGUGUUCAAAAUGAACAGAACGUGGUUAUAUUAGAAUUUACAUCCAAUAAUACAACAUUUACCUUGGAAUGGGCUCUGAGGAAACACGCCUUAAAAGUAAAUGUACAGGGUGCUACAUACAAUGGACGACUAUGUGGUUUGAUGGGUAACUCCGAUGGUGACACACGUAAUGACUUUCAGACACCUGAUGGUAAUGUUGUACUUGACGCUGCUGAGUUCGGAGAAAGCUGGGACGUAAAAGGCCAAACAUGUGACUAAAAUUAUGGUUUUCUCAAGCCAGAAGAUCUAGACAUGAUUAUAGAUGAGCUCUAGAAGAAAUAAAUAAUAAACAUGUUAUUAAUAUCCUGGAAAUUUGGUGGACGGGUGCCUUUAUUGGUGGUGAAAUUUGACUAUUCCAAUCAGAUAUUGCAUAAAUACACGUUUGUGAAAUUAACGGUAUACAUUAAGAAUUAUAGAAAUCUCAACCAAA